CUUUUGUUCAUCUGUUGUUUGCGUAACCAAAUGAGAAAAAGGGACAUUAAUAAGCAAUACUCACCUAAAGAAAGAGAGCAGACGUACUACCUAGAUAUAUUUGAACCACCGCCAACAUGGCGACCUCGUAGUCAUAUAUACCAAGAUUAUAACGACAACCAUAUCGGUAAUGACUUUUGCCUUUUAAUAUAUAACCUUAACGAGUUUCUUAUGCAGUUUAUCGUCGGUCUAUGCUAGACUCAUCAUCUUCCCUUCAUUAUCAGGAGUAUGAUAGUGACUUUGAUGACUCUCAGCAAGAGAUUAAGAUCGCAGAUGAUAUUUCCAUGUUUACAGCAGCAGAAGACGCUCCGGACGAGGAUAUUAUACGACACGGACAUUUACCUACAGCUCAAGAGGUUGAAAUUAUCAAUAACUUUAUGAAAAAGAUGGAUAUAAAAUGUUCUGCAGAAUGGAAAGACUAUAAAUCACAGUAUUGCUUGUUGAACGAGUCGUAUGAUAUUGAGAGAAAGCGAAUAUAUAAGGAAAUAGUAUCAACACUCGGAAAAAUACAAGAGGUUGAUGCAAGAGUAGAUAAAGUCAAGUUUGAAUUUCAAGCCAAGAUGGAUACCAAAUAUCAGGAACUACACGAAAAUUUGAUUGAACAAUGCAAACAAGUCAUUCAUGAAGCAAAAGAGCAAAAAGCAUAUCAAUUAAGGCAAGCCAAUGAAAUAAAAAUCCAAUUGAAUGAAAAGGUUCGAUUGAAUGUCGGUGGAAGUAUAUUCGAAACUUCACUUAGCACACUUUGCAGAGAUUCAAAAAGCUUAUUAGCCGUCAUGUUUUCUGGAAGACAUGAAUUGUCAGUAGAAUCAGAUGGAUCUUAUUUUAUUGACCGCGAUCCUACUCAUUUUCGGCUUGUGCUAAAUUAUCUUCGAGAUUUAAGGAUAUCACCUGUCAUACUACAAGAUGACACAGUAAGAGAAGAAUUGCUACAUGAAGCAAGGUAUUACUGCAUAGAAGGUCUUGUGAAUCUAUUGUUACACCAAGCUUAAAAAUCUUUUUGAUACUCAUCAUCUAUUUUCUUUUACUUUCUUUUACUUUUAAAUAUAAUAAUGUAUAUUUUGUUUCUGUUAUUAACUGGCUUAAUAACAAUUGUAUUUGGGCAAGACAACUAUCCAAAAAAAAUCCAGCUUGACUCUAGUAAUGGAUUUUCAGUUGAAUACUUUAAUAACUAUAAGAUUGUACAUAAUUUGUUAAACAAUGAAAAGUACAUGCUCGUUUGCUGUGGAAUGACUCUGGAUAACAAUACUGGCUACACUGGUGUAUUCAGCACACCGAUCCAGAAUAUAGCUGUUGAUAGUGCAUUGUAUACAUUGCCGUUUUUUGAGUUACUCAAUCUGACCAAUCAUGUUCAAGCUAUUGUUCCAGCAAACAAUGUUACUU